UAGACUUGCCGUAGCACGAGAAAGCAGCUGCUGCUUCAUGUUUUUAAAGACGAUUUUACGCCUUUUUAGAAGACAACCUGCCAUUGAGAAGAGAUAUGGGGAGCCUGCUGUCGUGACGGGGAAAUGGACAGGCGUAGUAGUGUGGUGGGGCUGCAGAGCGGGCUCCCCUCACCCAGUCCUCGAGACCCCCUGCUCAGUCCUGACUCUCACAUGGACGUUCAGGGGUACAAGUGGGUUCGCUGGAGGGUGUGGUUGUGUCGUUUGGCCGCCCUGCUGUCCUUGGGUCUUCUCCUGAUUGUGUUUCACUGGCGCCCACGCAUCGCUGUCCUUGCCCGCUGCUGCUCCUGUCCUCUGGCUUUGGCAGAUAUUCUGCUAAUAAGAGACAGUUUCGGCCAGCAGCAUGUGGUGCAGGUUCUUACAGAGGAGGUGGAGGCGGGCAGUUUGGACUUGCUGGGACAACUGGAGGACAAUGACUGGAGAGAUACAGUUCAGCUGUACCAGGAAGAGAAAACCAAACUGCGGUUCUACCUGUUCGAAGGGCUGCGCUACAUUUGGCUGGACAGGAGAGGGGCGUUCUGUCGUGUUAGUGUCCUCAGUGAGGACUGGACCUGCAGAGACUUGUAUGGCUUCCAAAAGGGGCUGAGCCCUCUGGAGCAGAGCCUGAGGCGACAAUUGUUUGGGGCCAACCUCAUUGACGUGCCUGUGAAGUCUUACGUGAGGCUGCUGUUUGAGGAAGUCCUCAACCCAUUUUAUGUAUUUCAAGUGUUCAGCAUCACCCUGUGGAUGAUAGAUGCAUAUUAUUUUUAUGCCAUGUGUAUAUUUAUAAUCUCCGUUGGCUCCAUAAGUAUCUCACUGUAUGAAACUCGAAAGCAAAGCAUCACUCUUCGCAACAUGGCCAGGUUGAUUACAAAUGUCACAAUACGCAGAAACUCAGGAGUGGAGGAAUGUGUGAGUUCAGAGGAGCUGGUUCCUGGCGACUGUCUCCUCAUCCCUCAGGAAGGUCUGCUGCUGCCCUGCGACGCUGCCCUGCUGGCCGGGGAGUGUCUUGUCAACGAGAGCAUGCUCACAGGUGAAAGUGUCCCGGUUCUGAAAACCCCGUUGCCAGCGGGAGAUGGGACGUACAGCUCGGACACCGAGCGCAGACACACCGUCUUCUGCGGCACCCAGAUCAUCCAGGCCAAAGGUGGGAGACCAGGAGGCAGCGGGGCUGUUGCCGUGGUAACCAGCACUGGUUUUUUCACAGCCAAAGGUGACCUGGUCAGCUCUAUUUUAUACCCUCAGCCGAUAAACUUCCGGUUUUACCAGGACGCAGUCAAGUUCCUGCUUAUUUUAGGUUUUACUGCUCUGAUUGGUACCGUUUACAUUUUCGUGGUUCUGUUCAGAAGCAACGUCACCUGGCUGCAGUUGAUUAUUAGAAGCUUGGAUAUUGUGACCAUUGCAGUGCCUCCCGCCCUGCCCGCCGCCAUCACCACGGGAACCAUUUACGCUCAGCGCCGGCUGAAGGGCCGAGGUAUCUUCUGCAUCAGUCCUCCACGCAUCAACAUCUGUGGAAAGAUUUCACUGUUCUGCUUUGACAAGACAGGAACUCUGACAGAGGACGGUCUGGAUGUGUGGGGGGUGAUGGAAGGGGGACCCUGCGGGUUCUCGGAGCUGGUCCCGGAGCCCAGACUCCUGCCCUCCGGACACAUGCGCUCUGGCCUGGCGUGCUGUCACACGGUCACACUGUUACAGGGGCAGCCGCUCGGAGACCCGUUAGAGCUCAAGAUGGUGGAGUCUACUGGAUGGACUCUCCAGGAGCCAGAGGGAGACGGGAACGAGCUAGAUGCAGAAUUUGGAGGCCACAAAGUUUUGGCUGUUAUGAGAUCUCCGACCCAACAGGCUCAAGCGGGAUCGUCCACCAGCGAAGCAGUGGCCAUCGUUCAGAGGUUUCCCUUCUCCUCGGCCCUGCAGAGGAUGAGCGUGGUGACGGUGUCCUCCGGGGGGCGCUCCGCUCUGGCCUUCAUCAAAGGUUCCCCGGAGAUGGUGGCGAGCAUCUGCCGAGCUGAAACAGUUCCGUCUCAGUUCUCCAGCACACUGCGCAGCUUCUCCAGUGAAGGCCUCAGGGUUCUUGCACUCGCCUGUAAACCCGUGGAUGUGAAUUCAGACUUCAGGAACAUUGAACGGAGUGAAGUUGAGAAAGACAUGCACUUCCUGGGCUUGCUGAUGAUGAAGAACCUUGUUAAACCUGAGAGUGGGGAGGUCAUCAGCAUCCUGAGUCUGGCUCACAUUCGCACCGUCAUGGUGACUGGCGACAACAUUUUAACUGCAGUAAACGUUGCGAAAAGUUGUGGAAUGAUCCAGUCUGACGAGAAGGUGAUUUUUGUCACUGCAAGCCCCCACACGGCUCAGUCUCUGCCCAGCCUGCGGUUCAGCCUGGAGGACGGCGGGGCCGCCGGCGCUGAAAGCUCCGCCGGGGGAAUCAGUCAGGGUCUGUAUCAGGGCGGCUUCGGCCAUCACCUAGCAAUUAAUGGCAAGUCCUUUGCUGCCCUCUGUGACCACUUUCCUGAACAUCUUCCAAAGGUUUUGAUGCAAGCCACCAUAUUUGCACGCAUGUCCCCCGACCAGAAAACCCAGCUGGUGAAGGAGCUGCAGAAGCUGAACUAUCGCGUGGGCAUGUGUGGGGACGGGGCCAACGACUGCGGGGCCCUCAGGGCCGCCGACGUUGGGGUUUCUCUGUCUGAGGCCGAAGCUUCAAUCGCUUCCCCCUUCACCUCCAAGACGGAAAACAUCAGCUGCGUGCCGCUGCUCAUCCGAGAGGGCCGAUGUUCUCUCGUCACUUCCUUCAGUCUCUUUAGGUACAUGGCGCUGUACAGCCUCAUCCAGUUCUGCUCCGUGAUCAUAUUGAACACAGUGAAGACGACCCUGGCUGACCUGCAGUUCCUGUUUUGUGACUUGAUCCUGGUGACUCUGCUGGCCAUCGUGAUGGGGAGGGGGGGCCCGAGCGAGGACCUGCACCCCUGCAGACCCCCGGCCAGCCUGCUGGCCGUGCCCGUCUUUGGCAGCCUCUUCAUCCACACCGGCAUGAUCGCACUGGGACAGCUGGGCGCGUUCUUCAUCACCACCUCGCAGGACUGGUUUGUUCCACUCAACUCAACCGUGUUCGGAGCAGAAAACCUGCCCAACAUGGAGAACACCAGCGUGUUUGACUUGUCAGGUUUCCAGUACAUCAUCAUGGCAGUGGUGGUCACCAAGGGAUACCCUCACAAGAAACCUCUUUACCACAACGGGAUCUUCCUCUGCAUGCUGCUCGUCCACUUCUCCGUGAUGAUCUGGCUCGUGUUGGAUUCCGGGCCUUUCUUCGGCCGAUUACUCCAGCUGUUCAACAUCACUGACAUGAACUUCAAAAUGCUGCUCGUGGCUCUGGCUGCUCUCAACCUCCUCGUUUGCUUCGUUGUGGAGUUACUGAUAGAUUUGGGUAUUUUGAACUGCCUUCGGUCUCUGCGUGGGACGCGUCAAUCCAAGAAACAAUACAAACGUCUGAAGCUCCUCCUGUCCGACUCGUCGUCAUGGCCGCCCCUCAACCAAACCCUGUCCCCCAGAGAGCACAGCGUCAUCUCGCUGAGCUAGCAUUCCUCCAUCUGUCUGUCCUCCGUCAGUCACGUGACUCAGCGUUGGACAUCUGAGCCAAAGGUCCCCAACUUGAUCAACAAUGCAAAAUCCUGUUUACCUGCUGAAA